UCGGCUAUUUUUUAAAAAGUUGACACAGGCUCAGCCAAUGAAAGUAGGCCUAGGCUACGUAAUUUUCUUGUUGAAAUUGAGCAGCCAAUGAAAUCACAGCCCGCCAAGCGUCUAAGAGCAUCGUAAAUAGACCAAAGGAAUCAAUUUAUGACUUGUUUUAAUUGAGCCAAUACCAUGCCCAGUCCAAGAAAGACCUCUAAGUCCCCUGCAAGAGGAAAAGCUCGAGGACGAAGCACCUCUGCCUCUCGAACAAAAUCAACACGUAGCCGAAGCAGAAGUGCAGGAAGGAAAGCCAAAGUAGUUGCAGCUGAAGCUUCAAGUGUUAAAGAUACAAAAACAGUCUCUGAGGACUUGGUUGAUUCAAAGUUGAUUGUUGGUCCUGUUCGCAGUAGAUCACCUGCUAGGGCACAAAAAAAGGAAACCUCCAUCACCAAGCGCUCUGUUAUCACGUCUUACUCUAAUGUAUCUUCCUCUCAAGAGCAAGCUUCUGUAACUCCAGUUCGAACUUCAACUCGCAUUGCAUCUUUAAUAGAAAAAGAGAAGGAAGAUUCACUUCGCCUUAGAGAGCAAAUGAAGUCUGAGAUGUUAUCCAAUAUCAAGACACCACCAAUAAAACCAGCAUCUGCAAAAUCAAAGCCAAGUAAUGGACCGCAUUAUGAAUUCAUGGGUCCUAUUGGAGCUUUUCUUCUUCUGUUUUUUCUGCCAUUAACAGUGUAUUAUGUUAACUUUGCUUGCUGGAAGGGUCAGUGCUCAUUUGUACCAAGACUCCCAAGAACAAUUACAAGUAUUUUUGAAGUUGAAGCAACCCUGAUCUACCUUGCAUGGUUUUUUUUUCAAGCUUUUCUUGCUAUAUUGCCAGUUGGAAAAGUUGUAGAUGGACAGCCUUUGAAAUCUGGUGGAAAACUAAAAUACAGAUGCAAUGGUUUCUUUGCUCUGGUUAUUAGUCUUCUAAUGCUUGGUGCUGCUGUCUAUUACAAGUGUCCUGUAACCAAAGUAACUGAGAAGUUCUAUAAGUUGAUGACCACGGCUAUCAUAUUUAGUUUUAUACUCAGCAUUUGUCUUUAUAUAAAAUCAACCUUUGUUAGUUCCCAGAAGUUGGCUGCCGGAGGAAAUACAGGAAACAUAAUUUACGAUUUCUUCAUUGGUCGUGAACUCAAUCCACGAAUUGGACAGCUUGAUCUUAAAUUUUUCUGUGAACUAAGACCAGGCUUGAUUGGGUGGGUAGUUAUGGAUUGGAUAAUGGUUGUCAAAGCUUAUCAGGAAACACAGACAUUUCCACCAAAUCUGCUCUUGGUAACAGUUUUUCAGACAAUAUAUGUGGCUGAUGCACUAUGGUUUGAGGAUGCAAUUCUCACAACAAUGGAUAUAAUUCAUGAUGGAUUUGGAUUCAUGCUUGCGUUUGGAGAUCUUGCCUGGGUGCCUUUUCUAUAUUGUCUGCAACCACGAUUCCUACAAGAGUCAAAGUUUGUUCUUCCUUGGUACUGUUUGGCACCUAUAGCUUUGUUAAAUGUUGUGGGGUAUAUCAUUUUUAGAAUGUCCAAUUCUCAGAAGAACAGAUUCAGGAAUAAUCCUAAAGAUGAUGCAUUUUCAGGAAUGGAAGUUAUCCCAACUCAAUCUGGUAAGAAACUUCUGGUCUCUGGAUGGUGGGGAAUCUGCAGAAAGCCUAAUUAUCUUGGCGAUCUCAUAAUGGCACUAUCUUGGUCACUUACUACAGGCUUUGGGCAUAUUCUGACCUAUUUCUAUCCAUUAUACUUUCUUGUGCUGCUCAUUCACCGUGAGCGAAGAGACAACGAGCAAUGUCAGGAAAAGUAUGGGGCAAGCUGGAACAAAUAUUGUGAGAGAGUCAAGUACAGAAUUUUCCCACAUGUCUACUGAAUAUGAGACUCAGCCUAGUCGAAAAUAAAAUUGUUUAAAUGACAUUCUGAAUAGUGAAGUAACUUAAAUGAAAGAAUAAGGACAAGCAAAUGUUUUAAUUAUGAACUGUCAACCACCAAUACUUAACUGAAAUUUAACAAAAAUGAAAUUUUGAAUUUGAAUAAUUGGCAACUUUUUUAAGACAACCAAAUUUUGCUUAACAGUUGUCAAGGUAUUUUUUAUUGAAUGUUUUGAUCUGUUGAACAGAUGUGUUAUGGCAUGCUCUUCCUAAUUUUACCUAUAGCUGAUUGUUUUCUCAAUGGCUAGUUAGUUAAACUUUAUUCUCUUUUAAAUUUAUGUUGAAGUUAUGUUAGUCAAAAUGUUGUAUAAAAUUUAUUUUUUAUUUUUGGAAAAUAUUGUUUAAAUUUAAAACUCACUCAUAUUCCAAUUUUUAAAGAAGUGUACCACCGCCUACUCAAGCUAUUGUAAAAAAGGUUUACAUUCCCUGUUUUUAAAAAUUACAUUUAAUAUGCAAACCCAGCCUUUAGAAUUUGCUUGGAUUGAGAUUAAUCAACACGCAGCUCAUCUAUUUUCUAGUUUUCAAAAAAUUAUUUUAACUUUCUAUCUUUCAUGUACUACUGUUGUGUAAUACUUUUCACAAGCAAUUUUAUAUAUAUAUAUAUUUUACAUAUUUGUGUGCACCUAACAUUUCAUUAUUUUUUAUUGUGUCAUGCAACCAAUUUUAGUUGUCUAUUAAUUGAUAUCAGAUCAUUUUAUAGUGGAUAAUUAUUCACUGCCAUGCAAGCUGGCACCCACAAUGUCCAUGACUUUAAAAUGAAGACCAACAACUAUUUCAAUAUUAAAAGUGUUAUGCUGAAAUAGGAAGGGUAAAAGUUUUAUAAAUCUUGGUACAUAGAUUUUCUUUGGUCACAAUGGUUUUGUGGUUGAAUCUUGUUAGUUCAAUUUUACCCCUCUUCUUAUAUCAGUGAUUUUUCUCAAACUUUUUUGAUAAAAGUAUUGCCAAUGACAGCGCAGGAAUAUGUAUUUUAUAAUCUAAUAAAAUAUUAAUUAGUCAUUUAAAAAUUAAAAUCAAUGUAAACCUGGUUACAUCCAAUGAUUUAUUAAGAAUCAACUAAAUAGAAUAAAUGUAACAGUUGGUUUACGUAUUUUUUAAAAUUAAUUAUAAAUAGAAAAUUUAAAUGUUAAAAACCUUUACAAUAACAAAUCUUUAAAUGUGCAAAUAUCAGAAGUCGAUAUAAUUGUCUCUUUCUUAAUCUAACAAUAAAAGCUCUUGAAAUUUCUUAAUUACAUUAUUUUAGCAUUAGGAUUGAGAUUAUUUAUUCAGAUUUGUUGAAAGAAGUCGUAACCUUAUACUUAUAAUGAAGAUCCAGCAUAAUGAUUAAUUAUUCAUAUCUUUUCAGUGGGCUAUUUAUAAAACAAAACAUCAUUUUUGCAUUGAAUUUGAGUCAUUUGAAAAUAUAUUUAAAUGUCCCAUGUAUCUAAUUUGUAACAUAUUUAUUACCGACAUAUUAUAAUAAACAAUAACAAUUGUGGAUAAUAAUUAAGCUCAAAAUUUGUUUACCAUACUCAGUUUGCCUUAGAAAAUUGUUUUACAUGUCAGAAUAAUUACUUGUAGCUUUCAUCAUCAUUGAUAAAUACUGUCAUUAUUUGAUAAUGCUAUUUUUUUCUGUUUUUUUAAUGAAGAAUGGCACACAAUUUUGUUUUGGCUAACACAAUUAUAAUAUAAUUGUGUUAGCCAAUAUAAUUUAUAUUGCUUGAUUCUAUACUAAGCUGUAUUUGUUCUUGAUAACUAGCAGAUGUUACAUUAUGGUAGCAACUUCAGCUCUAUUGGCAGCUUAUGGAUGGUCAUCAUUAUAAUGCACUUAGUAUGUGGUUUCUCUUAAAUGAAUGACAGAAAAAAUGCUACUUCUUAAAACAUGAGUUUAGCUACCAGUUCAUUUAUGUGCUUAUUUUUGAGUUGUCAAAUCCAGACCAGCUUUUUGACAUGGUUUUGUAUGUCAUUUUUUUGUGUGAAUAGGAUCUUUUUGAACAGACUGAACUUUUAAAAAAAUCAUCCUUUCCUCAUGUUCAUCCAUUCAUUCAUUAUGAGGCUGCUGAACAUUGCAUUGCAAUCUUGCAUCCUGUCAUUUACAUUUUUUGAUGUUUGUAAAAACAGUAGAUGUGUUCAUAUGUAUGUAGAAUGCUUUUUGCCUUCAUUCAUCGAAUUAAAUUUGAUGAGUACC